CGCGAAUGGCACAAAUGGAGCCUGAUAAAAAGGGGCGCGUGCUUCAGAGGACCAGGAGACAACGGUGGACCAGCACAACCGCAUCAGCGCGUGGGACAGCGAGCACACCUCCGGCCGACAGUCUGCUGACGUGAGUUCCCCGCAGUUCUUUUUACCACUGGCUCGAGAAGAAGAAGAGCUUCAGCUGCGUACUGUUGAGGCCGGCCAGACCAGGAGGAGCAGGAAGGAGCUGCUUUUUCCGAGAGAGGAUCAAAGACGGAGAGAGAGAGCGAUAGUGUGGCUGAACAUCCCUCAGCAUGAAGAAAAGCAGGAGUGCACAGGGGGUUACACCAAGCGAUGAGAAUAAGGAGCCCCCUGUGGUACAAAUCUCUGCGGGCAGCACACUCGGGGUGGAUGUGUACAAAGUCCAGAGGCGCUUUUCUGGCAACCUGCAGCUGCCACCGUUGUCAUGGCGACAGGCAGAAAUGGAGCGGGACAGGGGGAGGUCGCCGACACCUGAAGAUGAUCCAGUGACCCGCAGCAGACCUACAAGCCUGCCCAUCUACUCACUGCCCCGCAUCGACAUCACAAAGGCCGACCCCGACAGUUUUGAAGGUGAGAAUGGUCCGUCGUUGUGCUGCAGCCCCUCAGACCCCCAGGCGUCCCCGGGCUCCGGGCUGGCUCUCCACCCCAACCAGGCGUGCCACGGCCAGCGGCGAGAGUCCUUCCUGUACCGCUCCGACAGCGACUACGACCUGUCGCCCAAGUCCUUGUCUCGAAACUCUUCCAUUGUUGGAGAACUGCACGGAGAAGACUUGAUUGUGACCCCAUUUGCUCAGGUUUUGGCAAGCCUCCGGACUGUCAGGAACAACUUCACCACCUUGACAAAUGUACAAUGUGUAUCCAAUAAAAGGUCUCCAGCAGCAAAUCAGCCUUCUUUUGCCAAAGUCUGUUUGUCAGAUGAGUCCUACCAGAAGCUGGCUAUGGAGACCAUGGAGGAGCUGGACUGGUGUCUGGACCAGCUGGAGACCAUCCAGACGUACCGCUCCGUCAGCGACAUGGCCUCCAACAAGUUCAAGAGGAUGCUGAACCGGGAGCUAAGCCACCUGUCUGAGAUGAGUCGCUCGGGAAACCAAGUGUCCGAGUACAUCUCCAACACCUUCCUAGACAAGCAGAAUGAGUUGGAGGUUCCAUGCCCGGCUCCCAAGUCGAGGGAGAGGAAGAGGAGGCAGGGCCAGCAGCAGCAGCAGCAGCAACAGCAGCAGGGUGGGAUGAUGACUCAGAUCAGCGGGGUGAGGAAGGUCAGCAACACGCCCAGCAUCUCCGGGGGCACCGGGAACCGCUUCGGGGUCAAGACGGACCAGGAGGAACUGCUGUCCAAGGAUCUGGAGGACAUCAACAAAUGGGGCCUGAACAUCUUCAAAGUGACUGAGCACUCCCACAACCGGCCGCUCACAUGCGUCAUGUACACCAUCUUCCAGGAGCGAGACCUGAUGAGGACGUUCAAGAUUCCGACGGACACCUUUGUGACGUUCAUGCUGACCUUGGAGGGCCACUAUCACUCGGACGUGGCCUACCACAACAGCCUGCACGCCGCUGACGUAGCCCAGUCCACACACAUCCUGCUGUCCACCCCCGCACUGGAUGCGGUCUUCACAGAUCUGGAGAUCUUGGCAGCCAUUUUCGCUGCAGCCAUUCACGACGUGGACCACCCAGGAGUGUCCAACCAGUUCCUCAUCAACACCAACUCCGAGCUGGCUCUGAUGUACAACGAUGAGUCGGUGCUGGAGAACCACCACCUAGCCGUGGGCUUCAAACUGCUGCAGGAGGAAAACUGCGAUAUCUUCCAAAACCUGACCAAGAAGCAGAAGCAGUCGCUCCGGAGGAUGGUCAUAGACAUGGUAUUAGCAACUGACAUGUCCAAACACAUGAGCCUGCUCGCUAAUCUGAAGACGAUGGUGGAGACCAAGAAGGUGACCAGCUCUGGAGUCCUGCUGUUGGACAACUACACCGACAGAAUGCAGGUGUUGCGUAACAUGGUGCACUGUGCCGACCUGAGCAACCCCACCAAGCCUCUGGACCUGUACCGGCAGUGGACGGACAGGAUCAUGGACGAGUUCUUCCACCAGGGGGACCGAGAGAGGGAGAGGGGGAUGGAGAUCAGUCCCAUGUGCGACAAACACACCGCUUCAGUGGAGAGAACACAGGUGGGUUUCAUCGAUUACAUUGUCCACCCUCUGUGGGAGACGUGGGCCGACCUGGUCCACCCCGACGCUCAGGACAUCCUGGACACUCUGGAGGACAACAGGAACUGGUACCAAAGCAUGAUCCCUCAGAGCCCCUCCCCCCCCUUUUACACCAGCGACGGGGAGGGUGGCCCCCAGGGGGAGCUGGAGGAGGGGCCUGGGGCCAGCAAGUUUCAGUUUGAGCUGACGCUGGACGAUCAGGAUGGACAGAGCGGAGAGAGCGCCAUGAUGGAGAUGGUCGACGGGGUCAUACUCCGAGACCCUUCCUCCGAUCAGGGCAGGGUUGAAACGUGUGACGUCUCCCCAGCGGAAACAUAGCCCAACUGAUGGUGUUUGCGGAGAGCAGCAAGUUUUGGCUGAAAUCAUUUAAUUGCAGUAGAGCAAUCCUGCAAUCUGGCUCUUUGGAGCUGCCUGGCACAGAGGGCCUGACUGAAUGUGGGGCACCCCUGCAAACAAGGCUGGGAAACCCUGUGGCCGUUUGUUUUUGAGCCCCCUGGAAAGGGAGCUUGAAGAAGUCCUGCUCUUUAACGAAGGGACUUACUGUCAAAGAGGCGGGGCUGAAUCGAAGAAGAUGAAGUGGACAAUAUGUAUCUGUGUUCUGGAACUAGUCAAAAUUACAAACUUGCACUUGAGGACGUUUUUUAUGUUCAUUUUGAUUCUUCCGAUCGUGUUGGGAUUGGAUGCGACCUGGUGAAAACGUCCAACCAAAAACUACAGGAGAGAAGUUCUUCGGAUCCAAGUAGUUUUUUUUUUCUUCUUACACAUAAGUUGUGUGCCUUUUUUUAAACAACAGUGUCCUUUUUUUUAAGUGUUUUUAUAAUUUAUUGAACACAUUCAUGUAGCUGUAAAAUGUGUCAACUUUUUGUACAAGAAGGACACAUUUGUCUCACAGUCUUCCUAAUGUUCUGGCAAUAGUAUAAGCUUGUUCUCACUAUAGUGGAUGUAUUUCUAAAAAUCACACGACUUCCCAGCACAAUUUGCACUUUGUGGCAUAAGACCAAGAGAGCAUUGAAAGCAUCAGUACAUUUACAUUAUACUAAACAUGUGAAACCAAAAUAUUUUUGAUUCAUUCAGCUAGGGCUGCUCGAUUAUGGCAAAAAUCAUAAUCACCAUUAUUUUAGUCAAUAAUUGAUGUCACGUUUAUUAAAAAACGAUUAUCCAUUUACUUUGAAAACAUCCAUUUAUUGAAGUAUAAUUCAACUGAAAAACCAAUAAAAUAAUUUUAAAUAAUAAUUGUUUUAUUUCGAUUACGUUGUUUUCGUAAUCGUUGCAAGUCAAAAUCGUAAUCGAGAUUAAAAUACGAUGAAUUGCACAGCCCUACAUUCAGCUAUUUCUUUCCUCAAAAAAGUCAUUUCACAAGGAAUUUAAUACGUUUUAAAACAUAUUCCUUGAAAGUGGAAAUACAUUUUGUAUCUAUGAGUCCAAAAAUAUGUAAAGAAUAACUUCCAAAGAUCCUGUAGAUGAUGAUUUCACUGCUCAAAGAAAAAGGAAUGUCAGAAAUCAGAUACAUUUUACAAUGUCCCUAUUCCUAUUCCCUAUGUUACAAAUACAACUUCUGACCAGAAGUCAAAUGAAUCCCUGACUUUGUCGCGUAGCUGGAUGAAGAGUUAAUUAUUUCCUGAAAUUUCACCUGAGAUAUCUAAGAAAGGUAAAAAAUCGAUCGAAAACAAAACAGUCGACUUUAAAAUGAUUCAGGUCAUGUCUAUAAAUCGUGCAAAAGUUUAUAACUUAAAAAUGGUCUAGGUCCCGUCCAAAUAUCGUACGAAAGGUCAAUAACGUAAAAAUGGUCAAGGUCAAGUCAAUAUAUUGUAUAAAACGUACAUUAAAG